UAAAGCCCUUUCAGUCUCACAAAACCUCUUCUCGCUUGGAGCCAUCUCAAAAGUUUCACCCGUCUUCGCUGCGCGCUAGGGUUUGCACAGCCGCCGCCGCCGCCGUUCCGUUCAGCGACCGCCGGUGAUAUCUCCGGGUAAGUAAGAAUGGUUAGAGUUAGUGUUCUGAAUGAUGCUCUGAAGAGCAUGUAUAAUGCUGAGAAGCGUGGAAAGCGGCAAGUGAUGAUUAGGCCAUCCUCAAAAGUGAUCGUCAAGUUCCUUCUUGUCAUGCAGAAGCACGGUUAUAUUGGUGAGUUUGAAUAUGUGGAUGAUCAUAGGGCCGGUAAAAUAGUGGUGGAGUUGAACGGGAGAUUAAACAAAUGUGGCGUCAUUAGCCCUCGCUUUGAUGUUGGUGUCAAAGAAAUUGAGCCAUGGACUGCAAGAUUGCUCCCAUCACGUCAGUUUGGAUUCAUCGUGUUGACGACAUCUGCGGGCAUCAUGGACCAUGAAGAAGCAAGGAAGAAGAAUGUUGGUGGAAAAGUGCUUGGUUUCUUUUACUAGACUUUUAAGUUUUGUUGAAGUUCAUGCUAAGCAUUGAUUAUUUUCUUUAAGAUCUUCAAGUGAUGUGGAACUAAAAGAGUGUUUUUUUGAUCGUAGAUUUUGUUUUCUCAUCAAAUGCGUUGUAUUCAUGUUAUUCCAAACAAAUACUGUGUGUGCUGUGCUCUUGUGUUUUAA